GACAUCUUUCGAAAUCCCUAGCAUAGGAUCAGCUGAUGAAGAGUAUUCAGCAGAGCCAUUCUUUAUUCAAGAAAAAUUGAAUAUGUGCAAUAUAGUAUAUUUAUUAAAUGUUUUGCUGUUUAUUCAAUAAAAACAUGCGGUAGACGGACUUUUUCUCGCACGUUGAACAAAUUUCAUGCCGAUUUCUAGGGAUAUUUUCAAUGAUCAUAUAGGGGGAAAAAGAGAUGUGGCAACUGGCAAAUGGCAAUAAUUUGUCACUGAAAAAGUCAUGCACCGCGCCAUAUAAGAAACAGCGUGUAUGGCUGCGCGUGCUCGUGUAUCGUGCAUAACCUAACUCUCCAUAAGACCAUUCAGAUUUUCGUAUGAAGUAUUUCAUAUAAGAUAAUUAUUUUAAAAUAUGGUGGACACUGUAGCAAAGAAACGUAAAGUGUCCAAGAAGACAAAAAAGUCUUGGAGGAAACACGUGGACACCAAGGAUGUUGACAGCUUUCUGGAUAAUGAAAGACUCGAAGAACGGUUGGGUACACCUUUUGCUCAGAGGAAGGAUGAAGAAUUGUUUGCAGUCGAUAGAACAAGAGAUGAAAGUGCACUUCAGGAAAGUAGUGGUUUAAGUAAGAAACAGCGCAGGGAGUUGUUGAAAAACACAGAGCCAAAGUGUUUUGCAAUUUUGAAACCACACACAGCAGUACCAGAUCCUAUUGUCAAAAGGAAUCGCGUCAGAACUCCAGAAGAAAGAAAAAGUAUAAUAAGAAAGCAAAAGGAGGCAGAGCGAAAACUGAAAGGUCAGUUAAAGCUAAAAGAAAGAGUAGCCAUAAAAAACAGAUUAUUAGCUAAAGAGAAGAGAGCUAAUCAACCUAAAAGAGGUGAAUUCAAGGUUGAUGUCUGGAAAAAAGAGCCUAUUGUAGAAGCAGAAUUGAAAAGCGAGUGGCUCACUAAUGAUACAGUCAGGCAUACAUUGGCUAAUACAGGCAAAAAACGCAAAAGAGUGCCAGAAUCUUUGCACAAAAAGCCUUCGGUUUUACCAGCUGUUAAUGCUCCACAUCCUGGAACUUCGUACAAUCCUUCAUUCAAGGAUCACCAAGAGUUGCUUGCUCAAGUAGCAGCUGAAGAAGUGAAAUUAAUGAAAGAAGAGGAACAUCUCAAUAGAGUUACAAACAAAAUGUUCCGCAAGGUUACUGCGAAGCAAAAGGACGCAGAUAAUUUGACAGAAAUGUCUGAAGGACUUCCUCUGCCAAAUCAAAAACAAGAUGACGAUUCAGAUGAAGACAAUGAUCCUAAUGUUAGAUCCAUUAAUCCACCAGCAUUAAAUGUUAAAAAGACGUUAGUUCAACGCCGCAAACAAAAAGAGCAGCGAAAACUUCAGCAACAACGAUUGAAACAGAAAAUUGAAAAGAAAAAAGUUGCUGACAUUUAUCACUUAAAUCAUCUUGGAAAACAAAUAUCAAAGAAGGAGCAAAAGUUGGGCCUUUUGAAAGAAAAACGAGAAAAAAUCAAAGCCAAAAAAGAGCUUGAACCAAAAGUACUAAGCAGACACAAGUUUGAACCCCUUGAGCAAGAAUUCUUAAUGGGAGAUGAAAUAGCAGGAAAUCUGAGAAAUACAACUCCUGCCGGUAACUUAUUGAAAGACAGGUACAAGUCUUUGCAGCAGAGAAGCAUAGUUGCACCUGGAGCUCUGCAACUGAAAAAGACUAAGUCUAAAGUCAAAAGGUAUAUCAAAGCUGAUCACAAGAUAGAGUUGAAAAAAGUUACUAAGAAGUAAGUUUGUAAAUAAAAAAAGAAAUUUAUCACUCAAGUGAUAAAUGCACCGUUAUUUAAAUUGUAUAGGUAUAUAACUAUUAAAUAUUCUUUCAUACUAUAAA